UUGAAUUUAAAAUUCUUGAAAUUGGAGGUGGCUGGGGAUGAGAGCAUGGGGCAGUGUCCAUAUAUUCCUCAAGAGGAUUUACUUGAUUUUCUAGAUGCGAGGUGUGAAAGUAAAGAGCUUGAUGUUGAAAUAAGGAAUCUGAUAGAGAAGAGUAACGCUUCCCAGUCGUGCAAGGACCCUGAACCAGUUACCCGGGAGAGUCCGAACCCUCAGAGAAUUUUGUGUUCUCUUAAGACUCGUAGUGAAACAAAUGCUCAAGGUUGUCUUGGAUGCGUGUGGGCAGAUGUGAGUGACAUGGAAGCUCCGGCAGACCCGCUAGAAUCAAGGCACAUACUACUGACCAAAAAGAAGACUGCGUCAGCUAGUUCUCUGGAACAACAGAUCCUCUCGCUGCAAAGACAGAGACGAGAGCUUCUGGAGGUGAACAAGCAAUGGGAUCAUCAAUUUAGAAGUAUGAAACAGCUUUAUGAAAAACAGUUGGCAGAAAUGAAAGCAAAACUGGAUGUGUCAGAGAGGAGAGUUGGUGAGCUGGAGGAGGAGAGACAUCGAGAGCAUCCAGAAAAUGAGAGGUUGCAAGUCCUGGGCAGAGAGAGGCCGUCACAGGAAAUGAAAGAAACAAAGGUCCUUAGUGAAGCUCUCCGUGAAAUGAAGGAAGAGAACAGGCUCCUGAAGCAGAAGAACGCAUCAAUGAUCAGAAAGAAAGAACACUAUGAGUGUGAAAUAAGUCGUCUCAAUAAGGCCCUUCGGGAUGUGUUGAAAAAGGAGCACUCGCCUGUUCUUGGGACUGCUUCAGAGAAGGGUGACAGGAACAGCCUAGAGGACAUGAGAACCCAGCUUGAAGUUCUCAGGCAGCAGGUACAAAUAUACGAAGAAGACUUCAGAAAGGAGAGAUCUGACAGAGAAAGACUUAAUGAGGAGAAAGAAGCAUUGCAGAAAAUUAACGAGAGAUUACAGUCUCAACUGAAUAAACUAAACUCUCAGAUUAAGACCUGUCUGAAAAUAAUGGAACUACUAGAAAGGCAGUUAUAGCAGCAGAUAUGCUUUUAUUUUCCUACAAAAGAUCUCCCACCAGACUAUCAGUGGUAUGUUCCUGGCCAGUUUCCGCCAGAUGUGCAACACAAGGCAAAUG